AUGGAACAAUCCGUUGAACUCAAUCUAUCGCUGAUGAAAUGGCGAUUGGUGCCUGAAAUGAAGUUGGAGCGGUAUACAUCACUCAAGAUAGUAUUUGCUGAUCCAUCACCAGUGGCCGAUUGUGCAGGAUGGCCUCUUCGCAAUCUUGUUGCUGCAGUCGCAUAUAUGAAACGAUCAUGGCAGUGGUGCUCUUUUAUUUCGUUGAGAGGAGGGAAAGAUCUGAAGGAAUUCAAGAUAUCAUGGGACGAGACCGAUACGAAUCAAUUGCCUACCAGUGUGGGUUGGGAGAGAAACAUGCAAGGGAAGACGAUUCCACAAUUUGUGGAUAUGCGAAAGCAAUUUGAUCCUAAAAAGUGA